CUCAUAAAUCGCCGCGGUCGGUGGCUCGCUGGAAUCCGAUCCGAUUCCGUUCCCAUUCCCAUUCCCAUUCACACUCCAAUUCCAGCCCGAACGGAGCAGCCGGGCGCCAUGGCGGCGGCACGCGGCGGCGGAUCGGCGGCGAGGGUCGGCGACUGGGACGUCGAGCUGGGGCCCGGCUGGGACUGGCGCGCCAUCCCGCAGCUGCUCUCCUCCGCCUGCAUCUUCAUCUGCUCCGGAGGCUGUUUGGGAUGCUGUGAGAAGGCCGCAAAACACGUAGGGGAUCUUUCCAAGAGCUUGAUGGCCCAUGCUCAGAAUCCCACGGUGGCAGAGGAAUUUUGGAGUACAACCACCAUCGAGGUUGAUCCGGCAGAUCUCCGAGCACCAAUGAACACGUCCUCUUGGGACCUUGAUCUGCAUGGAGUGGGAAGCAGUCAUAACCUGGGCGAAUCUGCUAAUCAUGGUUUUUCUCUUUGGCAACAAACUAGGGAUGAGUGGACUGAGAAUACAAGGUUAAGGCAACAACCUGUGGUGAAGCAGAUCCAGGAACCAGUGUUGAGUUGGAAUGCAGCGUACGAAAGUUUGCUUGGAUCAAACAAACCAUUCCCUCAGCCCAUCCCUCUACAUGAGAUGGUUGAUUUCCUCGUGGACAUCUGGGAGCAAGAGGGGCUGUAUGACUAGCGCGAAUGUGUUCCGAGAGAAUAACAUAGCUGUAGGUCUGAUGUGGUAACGAGGGUGUGGCCUGUCAUACUUGUUUUUUCUGCAUGGAGGCCCGUUGUGCUUUUGCUGAAUAUACAAUCCUGUGUGGGCUGUGUUUCUUGUAUUGUAUUGGUAGAAAGAAUCCAGGUUCAAUCAGUUUGCCGAAUUUGUCAAAGAAAGCAGCAGGAUAGAAAGAUGCGUGACAGCGAUUUGUGAACAUAAAUGUCGUCUGUAUUGAUUGAGAAAAUGAGAAGAAGAAAAUAGGUUUUAACACUGA